CUAUGGGAAUAGCACAUUCCAGUAUGUUAUAUAACACGACGCGCAGUACCUCGUAUCAGCCAUGAGCCUCAUUCUUUCUGUGAUACUCCAUUUCUAAACAAUAUAAACCGCUAGAUUCUAUAAUAGAAAAUAUACAUCUAAAACUUCGUGUUUCCUCAUUCUUAAUCUGUCUCAUUGAUCUGCACGAGUGUGAUAAACCUUGUAUUAGUCACGUCGAAAGAGAUAUUUGGAAGUGACACUUUCAAGACAGUGAUAUCAAUUGAUCUAUAUAUCCUGAAGAUAUAAUUCCUUUAACGUUCUCAUGGUGGGGCACGUCGAUAUGAAAUAUCUCGAUGUUCCCAAGUUCCUACAUCAGUCGUGCAGCCAUCAUGCUGUAUCCGGCCGGAUGCUGUUUACAUGCCCGGCGAAAUCGUCAGCGGCUGCGUCACCAUCAAUCUGGCAAGGGAAAAAAUUGCUGAAGCACUAAAAUUAUCAGCUAGCGGGGAAGCUGACGUCAGAUGGACUGAGACAAGGAGAACGACAGAUAGCAAUGGAAAUUCUAGAACUACCUCUACUACUUAUAGUGGGAAUGAAAAGUAUUUUAGUUUAACCAUCAUGCUGUUAGAGAGAUUAGAAGAGGACAAAAAAGUGCACAUCCCUGCAGGAUUGAGUAAAUAUCCUUUUCAUAUUCAACUACCACAUGACAUACCAUGCAGCUUCGAACAGCACUACGGUCAUAUCAGAUACACGAUAAAGGCGGUCAUUGUUAGAUCGUGGCGGUUCAAUCACGAGUGCAAAGCUGUGUUCACCAUAAUUUCACAUUACGACUUGAACAUUCGUCGUGAGCAAUGUAUCGGCAUACACGAUGAAAUAAACCAGGCUUUCUCUUGCUGCCUCUGCUGCAUCAGCGAUGGUUCGAUAAAUAUGCAUGUUAAAUUACCGACGACAGGAUUCGUUCCGGGACAAUGGAUCGAGGCAGGUUUCGAUUUAAAGGAUAAUACCAGCACUGAAUUCAAUAAAAUCUGCUUGAAACUACAGCAAUCCUGCGAGUUUCGCGCGACUGCGUCCACUAGGCACGACAAAACAACUGUGGCAUCUGUGCAAAAACUAGGACCGUUCGGUAAACGCGCUGUUUUCGUAUUACGUUUACUUAUCCCCUCGGUACCACCUUCGGAACUGGAAUUCUGCGGUAUCAUUGACCUAAAAUAUAUUCUACGUGUCGACUUCCACGGUGAAAUGUAUCGCAAGAUCGUCAAAGAGUAUCCGAUUGUAAUUGGAACAAUACCACUGCUGCCUGUGCCAUCGGCGCCUGAAGCCCCGUCUUGUUCACAUGGAUCUACAUCUCAGUCUACAUCGAAGAACGGAGACAUGACUGCAGAAUCUGACAUCGUACCUUAUCCAAGUGCACCUUAUCCAAGUUCACCGUUGACGAACGAAUUUCUUAAUGGUAUGUAAAAUGCUCAGUACCGAUAGACUCUA